AUGUCCUUUGUUGCUAAAGUUAAAAAUGUCUUAAGUCCAGAUACUCUUGUGUUGAUACCUUCCAAAUCGAAUCAAGUUCCUGUACCUGAACGUCUUUUAACACUUUCCUACGUACGUGGGGAAAGUUACGCUGCCAAGGAGCAGCUUAGAGCUCUUUUGAUUGGUAAAGAUGUCAAGUUUAAGGUUUUGUAUAAGACACCUUCAGGAAAGGAAUUCGGUGAUAUACAAACCCCAAUUUUCCAGUCUUUGAUUGAGUAUGGUUUAGAGAAAGGUUGGUUCAAGUUAAGGGAAGGACUUCAGGAUGAUUCCGAAUACGUUGAAGAUGUCUUGAGGCCGCUCGAAAAUAAGGGUAAGGAUGCUAUUGCUGCCUCUGAAAAGGAUCCAAAGAUCAUUGAAGUAGAUGAGGAUAUCGUUUCCAAGUCCCAAAGAGCCCCAAUCACCACCGUCAUUGAAAAGGUUAUCAGCGGUGAUCGUGUGAUGGCACGUAUAAUCGUCAAUAAGGGCCAACAUAUAGUCACACCAUUGUUGCUUGCAGGUUUGAAAGCUCCAAGAACCGAUGAUGCCGCCCAACUGGCUUCGUUAACCAAAGUAGCCCAUCAAGCAAAGGAGUUCGUUGAACAGAAGCUUUUGACCACCACCGCAGCUUUAAAGGUGCAAAUUGUAGGAUUGAGUCAAACAGGUGUACCAAUUGGAUUAAUAGUACACCCUUCAGGUAACAAUAUUCAUGAAAAGUUAUUGGAGUACGGUUACGGAGAGAUUGUUGAUUGGCAAUCUGGUUUAAUUGGAUCGUCUCAAAUGAGUUCUUUCAGAAAGGCCGAACAAACAGCAAAGGCAUUGGCUAGAGGAAUAUUCCAAGGUAAUGCUGGUACCACUAAAGUUGCCGCUGCUACCUCUGGUAAUACUGGAGCAAAAGGUGCGGGCUUGAAGUCUUUAAGAGUUGGUUCGUCUAUUGAUUCUGUCACCAUUGCCAAAGUGAUCUCUGCAGAUACAUUAACGUUGCGUCUUUCCAAUGAUGAAGAAUUUACUGUUCAGCUUGCAUCCGUUCGUGCUCCUAGACCAAAUGACUCUCAGCUUUCCUCUAAUCCUCAAGAAAGAACCGCUAUUAUCAACAGUGCUAAAGAAUAUGUUCGUCACUUGGCUGCUGGUAAGACUGGGUCUGUUUACAUUGAUGGACAGAGAGCUGCAAACCCAGACUUGGGAUUUGAAGAAAGAUUUCUCGUUACAAUUAAGCUUUCAUCGGGUGGUAAGGAUUUAAGUGAAACCAUUAUCCAAGCUGGUUGGGCUACAGUAAUCAAGCAUAACAAGGCAACCUCUCAUGAAAGAUCGAUGAACUGGGAUAAAUUGGUCGAAUUGGAACAAGAACAAACGAAAGCUGGCAAAAAGGGUGUCUAUUUCACUGGUCCAGAUAAGUCUAAAAUCAUAACUGUCAAUGCAAGAAUUGUUGACGCCUCAGAAAACUUGACAAAGGCGAAAACUUUCUUUAAUGGUUUCAAGCAAAAGGGAAGAAUUUCAGCUGGCUACUACGUUGAGUUUAUUCCUUCUAUGAAUAGAUUCAAGUUGUACAAUCCAAAGGAGGGUCUUAAAUUAACUUUAAUUCUUGGAGGUUUAACCAAUUCUAAAGAUGAACAGUUAUCAGAGGAAGGUUUGAAAUUUAUGAAUAAGAGAUUUUUACAAAAGAAUGUGGAAUUUGAAAUAUAUGAUCAAGAUAAAAUCGGUGGGUUCAUUGGUAAUGUUUUUGCCACGGCUAAAUCACUUUCCCCUGUCCAAGUGCAAUUAUUAGAACAAGGGUUGAUCAAGACACAUGAAAUUGCAAUUAAUCAGAAUUCAUUUGGUGCUCAAUUGAAGAAAGCUGAAGAAUCGGCUCAGCUGCAAAAGAAAGGUAUUUGGACUGGAUACAUUCCAGAAGAUAAGGAAGCUGCUCAAGCAGUCACUUCAACAUUGAGCCAACUAAGCAUCAAACCUAAAUUUUUUGACAUUGAAGUAACUGAAAUUGACGAAGAAGGUAUGAUAAACUUCCAAAUAUUAGACCAGCAAUCUAAGGCACAAAUUGAAUCGUUCAAGCGUUCAUUCUCAGAUUUCAAUGCUCAAAUUCCAAGUGCUAGCCAAACAUCUGUUGACUUGCCACAUAACUUGACCAAGCCACCAAAGAAGGGAGAACUUGUUUCCGCUAAGUAUUCUGAAACUGGUAAAUACUACCGUGCUAGAGUUGUAUCCUUUGAGAAGCUGAGCGGUAAGUAUGCUGUAAAGCAUAUUGAUUUUGGUAACGUCGACUUAGUUCCAUUAUCUCACUUGCGUACAUUACCAUCCAAGUUUGGCAUUUCACAAUUCCCAAUCUUCGCCCACACUUGUGUUUUACAGAACCUUAGAUUACCUCCUAGCAAGCCAACUGAUUACCGUACCGAAGCAUUGUACGCUUUGGAAGAUCUUUGCUACGAUAGAAAGUUAGUUGUCAGCUGUGUUCCAAGCAAGCUGCCUAACGUCGAGUAUGAUGCAGUUCUUUUCGACUCAGAAAAAUCAUUAAAGGACUCUAGUUACACUAUCAACAAGCAAUUGGUUAAAGAAGGGUGGGCUGUUGUUGAUGUUAGAAAAAUCAAUGCUGCUUCCAAAGAGUACGAUACUGAAAUUCUAGCUGUUCAAAAAUCUGCAAGAGCUGGACACCGUGGAUGUUGGGAGUUUGGAGAUGUUCAAUUUGACGAAGAUCUUGAGUAG